AACGAGCGCUGUGCGACGUCAUCGAGAUAUUACGGCGAAGCACAGUCGACGCUACGUCGACCUUUGGAAUUUCGUCAUCUUAACAUCUGCCUGCUUAUUGUAAAGUCUACCAAAAGUCACAAUGCCAAACUGGGGCGGAGGCAACAAGUGCACGGCGUGCCACGGCACGGUGUACCACGCUGAGGAGGUGCCAUGCGACGGCCAGAGCUUCCACAAGAGCUGCUUUUUCUGCAUGGUGUGCAGGAAAGGCUUAGACAGCACCACAGUGGCCAUCCACGACCAGGAACUCUACUGCAGCUCAUGCUACGGCAAGAAGUACGGUCCAAAAGGCUACGGCUACGGCCAGGGGGCCGGCACGCUUAAUAUGGACCGAGGGGAGCGACUGGGAAUCAAACCCGAGCAGUCGUCGUGUCACAAGCCCACCACCAGCCCCAACACGUCCAAAUUCGCCCAGAAGUUUGCCGGAUCGGAAAAAUGCGCUCGCUGUGGUGACUCGGUGUACGCCGCGGAGAAGAUUAUGGGUGCGGGUAAGACAUGGCACAAGAAUUGCUUCCGCUGUGCCAAGUGCGGCAAGAGCUUGGAGUCCACCACCCAAACGGAAAACGAAGGGGAGAUCUACUGCAAAGCUUGCUAUGCGAAGAACUUUGGCCCGAAAGGAUUCGGCUACGGCCAAGGAGCCGGCGCCCUGGUCCACGCCGAGUGACAUCGUCGCCAUUCCUCGCCGUUUUUUUUUUUUUUUUUUGCUUUGAAUCUGUCUCAAAUAAAACAAUACACCCCCCCAAACACAAAAAGUUCACAUUUGCCUGUCUUUUAUUAUUAAAGCCAUUAAAACUCAACCAUGCCCGUAUGUUUUACAUCUGAAGCGGAGUUAAAGUGAUGUGGGCCGAAAGAGAGGCACUGGAAAUGAUAUCGUCUGAUUUUUCUGCGUGUAUAUUUAUAUAUACUGUACAUCCCCAGAACACAAAUGACUUUUUUGUCGGAAGAACUCGUGAAACCGGGUUUGCUUUUUGUGUAUUGAUGGGCGAAAAAACACCAGGCCCGUCUUGCAUGAUCACAUUUCUGCUUUUAGAAAAAGAAAAAAAAAUUGUCUAUUGUCUUUGCUUUACAAUUUGUACAUCCAGUGGUAUAACAAAUGACAUUUAAAAAUAAUACCAAAAAAAAAAUGGAUGAGUACAAUCCACAAGUAUGGAAUAUAAUACACAGUGGAGGGGUUCACGAGACACUGGAUUUGAGGGCUAAUAAAACAAAUGGAACAGAAUGCACUUGCCGAUACAUAACAUCGAGUAUAUACAGUGGCUUGGGGGCGGGGCAUCAUACAUGCAAGUGUGCGACACCAGUGUUGGACAUCACUAAAAGCUACAGUCACUUCUUCAUGUCCUUGUCAUUUCGGCCCGCUCAAAUUGAAUUUUAAAAAAAACUACAGAAAGAAAAA